AUGUCGUAUAACCACCGCAUGAGCAUGGCUGCUGGCUCUCAACAGCAACACAAUCGGGGUCGCAAAAAGGAAGACGACAACGAUGCAUUGAUGCGUCUGAGACGAUUGCUGACCUACAUUCAGCCCGAUAAAGAAAUCGCAGGCUGCAUCAACGACAUUGGAAUUCCCUUCACUACAGCCGACCUUGCGAAACCAAACCCUCAGCAGAUUCAGAUGGUCUUUGAAUGGUUUGCUGAGCUACUCAUGAAUGUGACCCGUGAAACUGUCGAGCCCCAAAUGCAUGCGGCCGCAGACGAAAUCUGCGGGGACUACCCUGAUAUCGUUCCCAACGAAACCCGCAACCUCAUGGGAUUCUUUAUUAGCAUUCGGCGGUUAUUGUCGGAGUGUGGUGUUAACGAUUUCACCUUUACGGACCUUACCAAACCGACCCAUGAUCGACUCGUCAAAGUCUUCUCUUACCUCAUUAAUUUUGUCCGUUUCCGCGAAUCUCAGACACCAAGGAUUGACGAGCAUUUCAACAAAACCGAGAAAACAAAAGCCCGCAUCGAUGAACUGUUUGCUGAGAACCACGAGAUGGAACAACGCCUGGCUGAGAUGCGACAGGAACAACAGAUCAACGAGGUGCAGGUACGAGAGAAGGUGGCCCGAAACGACGAACUCAAAGCACGACUUUUGGAAUUGGGCCGUGAGCAGUCACGGGUGGCAGAGAGUCUUGACCGUGUCAAGAAUGAACGAGCGCGCAGGCAGCAGCAAUUGGAGGAAAAGACGGAGAGAACUGUUAGAAGCCGACAAGAGGCCGAGAAGCUGCGACCUUAUGUUUUGGAGUCUCCGGUCACAUUACAGUCUUCAUUGACUGAGCUAGCGGAGAAUCUUAUGCGUGAGAAAGCCCAGAUCGACGCAAUGGAGAAGCGAGCAAGAGCCCUGCAGACCUCUUCAGACUCUUUCACGGUUGUUUCAAAUGAUGUCCAGGCAUGCGUCAAGCUCCUCGACGAUAUCGCAACCGAGAUUCAAAAAGAAGAUGAGGAAGAAUCUCGCGCCGCCCGCAACAAGGAAGCUAUUUCAGACCGAGGUGCCAGCGUACGAGAGGUUGAGCAGACAGAGAAGCUCUUGCAGCGCCAAUUGGCUCGCUGGAAUGAACGGAUUGAACAUCUACGUAAAACUGCCCAAGAAAAGGCAGAACUUGCGCAAGCCAGGAUGGAAGAGCUCCGGAAUGUCCAAAGACAACUCCGAGAAGAACGCGCUGAGAAGCAAAGUGACAUGGAGCGAAGACGAAUCCGGAUCGAGCAGACGGAGAAGAAGAUGGCGGAUCUCAAGGAGAAUAUCGAGAGCGAGAUCCAGGCGGCCCACGAUCAGUAUCUCAAGUUGGAGUCACAUAUUAAGCUCUAUAUUACAGAGGUCGAAAAGUCCCUGUGA